GAGCUACUCUCAAGGUAGGUAAUUGGGUGUAAGUUGCCGCUAAGCUGCUGAAGUCGUAUUGUUUUGUAGAAUGGCAUCAAGAGAAGGAGAAGAAUAUUAUGAAAAUUCUAGAUGUUAUUGGGAGAAAGUUCCAGCUACAAUUGAUGGCAUGCUUGGAGGUUUUCCACAAGUGUCGCCCAUAGAUAUUAAAACGUCAUCAAUUUUCCUUCGAUCUUUUCUGAAGACUCAUGGUGGUAGCAUUGACAACAAUAGAGCUCUAGAUUGUGGUGCUGGUAUUGGCAGAGUAACAAAACAUCUACUGACACCACUCUUCAAUCAUGUUGACAUGUUAGACCUGAACCAAAAAUUUUUAAGCCGUGCAGAAACCUACCUGGGAGACAAAAAGUCAAAAGUGGACCGUUACAUUUGCAACUCCCUGCAAGAUUUUGUUCCUGAACCUGGCAGAUACAAUGUAAUUUGGUGCCAGUGGGUCCUUGGUUACCUUAGUAAUUCUGAUUUUGUGUCCUUCUUGAAACGCUGCAAAGCCGCCUUAGUGAGUGGGGGCUUGAUUGCCAUUAAAGAAAAUGUAACCACAGAAGACCGAGUGUUUGAUGAAACUGACAGCUGUUUUACCCGGCCAAAAUCUGAGUUCAUUAACAUCAUCAAAAAAUCAGGAAUGAAAGUUGUUAAAAUAGAGAAACAGGACGGAUUACCUGCUGAGUUAUUUGCUGUUUAUUUGUUUGCCAUGCAGUAAUCUGCCAAACUAAAGAGCUCUGCUGAAAGCUUUGUAAAAAAAAAAAUUGAUAAACCUU